AUGCCUCGCGUCUGCGCUGGUUGUAACCGCAGCCGCUGUCACGAUUCGUAUUCGCCCAGUGAAUGGCGCAAGGGGCCCGGCGUAUCGAAAUGUACUACCUGUGUCGAUGGACAGGUAUCCCACAACGCAUUGAAUCGGAUUCGACGCUCUGGUAGCGCCAGAUACAAUGGAUCGUACUCUGGAACCGUCUCAGUCGAUGAUCUCGACAGGCCCUGGGCUCAAGGUGCUUUCCGCUGGGUAGCCAAGGGAGUGUAUAACUCGGGUCCUCGUCAGGGCGAACUAUGCGUUAUCAAGUGGUUCAAGUCUGGCGCGGUCUUUGCGAAUGCCUUUUUCACUUACGACAUCAAAGCUGUCGAUUUGGCAUUGGAAAUUGUCGAAAGAUUCAACCGGCACAGUAGCCCUUCUCGCUGGGCGGGACAGAAAGUUUUAUGCGAGCCCUUUACCCAGAACUACCAGAAAUUCAACAGCAACUCUGGAUGGAAUGACGCUUCCACCGAUUGGGGGAAAAUCAUGCAGGCUCUAAGUCAUUUCAGCUACCAUAUAUCGGGGGGAGAUUGCGUUCUGUGCGAUCUCCAGGGUGGCGUUUAUCAGCACGAGGCUGACAUCACUGAUCCUGCCAUCCUCACUCGGGAUCGAGACUAUGGGGUGACUGAUCUUGGGCAAGCUGGCAUCGUCAACUUCUUCAGUCGGCAUGUCUGCAACAGGUACUGCCGUUCUCAUUGGAUUAAGCCUGGUAAUCCGGCUCGAUGCUUGAACCCUGUCCGGGGCACAGCUAUGGUUAGGCAUGCUGCGCCGACGCGUCGUUUACGACCUGCAGUGACAUUGAGUCGUGACUAG